UAUGGUGUGCACUAUUAAACAUAUUUUAAUUUCUCAAGAUAUAUACACAAUUUUUUUAUAGGUCCGCCCUCUGCCUCACGGUGACAUAGUGUAGUAUGUACAUGGCUGCACCGUUAUCCAUAACCAAUUGAACAUCCUCAACAGCAGAGUAUUUCAACUUAACCGAUAAACCUCCAAUCAAACUCCCGGGAGAUGGAGGCAGCUUCUGUACUCAGCUCCCCUUCUACUUCCUCCUUUUCACUUUCGCAUAUGCUUUUAUCUUCCAAAACGUCAAAACCCCAUGUGAGGUUUAUCUUCAAUUCUUUAUCAAAAUGCACUUCUGCUGCUCGUUUGCUCUUUUCUUCCCACCACAGCGUUGGCAGAUUCUCUCUGCUUCGCCCUUCAGCUCUUACAUUCGAGGAAACUGUUGAACAAUCCACUGAUACUUUUUCAGUGCAGCCCAAAAUUGACAAGAGUGGAAGAUUCUGUAGUCCUAGAGCCGCCCGAGAGCUCGCCCUGAUGACAAUAUAUGCGGCAUGUUUGGAAGGGUCAGACCCUGUUCGCCUUUUUGAGAAGCGGUUGAACAUUAGAAGAGAACCGGGAUAUGAAUUUGAUAAAGAGUGGUUAUUGAAGUACAAUCACAUGAGCUUUGGAGGCCCCCCUGUGAAAACUGAGACGGUUGAAGAAGCGGAUGACCUUCUGAAGACUGAUGAAAAUGAUUCUGAAAUAGACGCUGAAGUUCUUUCUGCUCCACCAAAGUUGGUGUACAGCAAACUUAUUUUGCGUUUCACACGGAAACUUUUGGUGGCAGUUGAAGAAAAGUGGGAUAGUCACGUGCUUGUAAUAAAUAAAGUUGCACCUGAUAAUUGGAAGAAUGAGCCAGCAGGCAGGAUCCUGGAGCUUUCAAUUCUUCAUUUAGCAAUGUCUGAAAUAUCAGUAAUAGGAACACGGCACCAGAUUGUCAUCAAUGAGGCUGUUGACCUUGCGAAACGAUUCUGUGAUGGGGCAGCACCCCGCAUUAUCAAUGGCUGCCUCAGGACAUUUGUAAAGGAUCUUGAAAUAGCAAAGGAUUGCCAAGUUAACCAGUCAGUGCUUACUUGAAGCGUCCAAGAUCAAGAAUCUGAUGAAUACUCAAAAGAGAUCUUCAACCUACAUGAGACACUCUUUCUGGGCAUUCCUCGAAAAGUCAUGAGAAGAGAUUAGCAGCGCCUUGAGAUCCAGCUUCCAGGACAAAUAUGUGCUCUCAUCGAAUAUUAAGGAAGCACUGUAUAUCAAGAUGAUAACAUUGCCAAUUGUUAAAUGUUUGGUUAAUAUUGUCAUGUCAAUGCUGUAAGCAAUGUAUAUUGUAUCGCUUUAUUCAUUUUGCAUUCUCUGUAUUUCAGUAUACCGAAUUCUUUAAGGAUCUGUUUAGAAAACCACCUGAUAAUUAGAAUUUGUGUAAUUAUUAAGUUUAGUAAUUAUGAUGACUUGUUUGUUUGCCACAAUA